UCACUCACUCACUCACUCACUUACAUGUGGGACGGCAAUUUAAACCAGGGCUGAGCUGGGAGUGACUGGGACUAGAGGGGCUGAGCCUUCCAGUGGGAGAGAAGAAGAAAGGGACAAUGUUUGGGGCAUAAUCAGCCCCUUCUGUCUGGAGCAAACUGGGAGCUGAGAAUAAGAUCCUACUCCAGGGCAACAAGUCUCUGAUUCCAUUAAGUCAGAUCUGCAGGAGAUCCUAUUGGAGCAGAAGGAGGAGACUUGGAUCCAGCGCCCAGGAGAGAAGAUGUCGGCUGUGCUGGAGAGAAGGAUGGACAGUCUGCAGAUAGGUACCAAUAUGGACCGUUCCUGCACUCCCUCACCCCCCAACUCACCCAGUCUACAGAAUGAGAGCUGUAACAUUGCCCCACUCACCCCAUCCCAGUCCCCGAGGAGCGAACAGAGGUCAGUAAGAAGAUCUCCAUUUUUCGUGGUUGUUGCUAUUGAUUUUGGGACGACAUCCAGCGGCUACGCCUUCAGUUUCUCUAAAGACCCGGAAGCCAUUCACAUGAUGAGGAAAUGGGAAGGAGGAGAUCCAGGAGUGGCCCACCAAAAAACUCCCACCAGCCUGCUGCUUACCCCCGAUAAGGCCUUUCACAGCUUCGGAUAUACAGCCCGGGACUAUUACCAUGACCUGGACCCAGAAGAAGCCCGGGACUGGCUGUAUUUUGAGAAGUUUAAGAUGAAAAUACACAGUACCAGUGAUCUCACCAUGAAAACAGAACUAGAGGCCGUCAACGGGAAGAAAGUCCAAGCGAUGGUGGUGUUUGCGCAUGCUCUACGCUUCUUCAAGGAGCACGCAGUGCAGGAACUGAAAGACCAGUGCCCGGCCCUGAAUGAGAAGGAGGCCAUACGAUGGGUCCUCACAGUGCCAGCCAUCUGGAAACAGCCGGCCAAGCAGUUCAUGAGAGAGGCUGCCUAUCUGGCUGGUUUGGUGUCUCCAGAAAACCCUGAGCAGCUGUUAAUUGCCCUGGAACCAGAAGCUGCCUCCAUAUACUGCCGAAAGCUCAGGCUCCACCAGCUCAUUGAUCUCAGCAGCAAGGCCAUAAUCAAUGGCUACCCUUCUGAUCGAUCCAUAGACUCCAGCUUCAGGCAAGCGAGAGAGCAGCUCAGGCGGUCUCGGCACAGCAGAACUUUCCUGGUGGAGACGGGGAUGGGAGAGCUGUGGUCAGAAAUGGAGGCAGGGGACCGUUACAUUGUAGCUGACUGUGGAGGGGGCACGGUGGAUCUGACAGUCCAUCAGAUUGAGCAGCCAAAGGGGACUCUGAAGGAACUCUACAAAGCUUCCGGGGGUCCAUAUGGAGCCAUUGGAGUGGACCUUGCCUUUGAGAAGAUGCUGUGCCAGAUAUUUGGAGAAGACUUCAUCCAAACCUUCAAAGUGAAACGUCCGGCAGCCUGGGUAGAUUUAAUGAUCGCCUUCGAGGCUCGGAAGAGGACAGCAGCCCCGCAGAGAUCCAACCAUCUGAAUAUCUCUUUACCAUUCUCCUUCAUCGACUUCUACAGGAAGAACAAGGGGCAGAACGUGGAGACGGCCCUGAGAAAAAGCAGUGUCAACUUUGUGAAAUGGUCCUCCCAGGGCAUGCUACGGAUGUCUUCUGAGGCCAUGAAUGAACUGUUCCAGCCAACUAUCCGUCAGAUUGUCCAGCACAUAGAUGACCUCAUGAAGAAGCCAGAGGUGAAAGGCAUCAAGUACCUCUUUCUGGUUGGUGGUUUUGCGGAGUCUCCCAUGUUGCAGAACGCCGUCCAAUCAGCUUUCAGCAAUAUCUGCCGGGUCAUCAUCCCUCAAGACGUUGGCCUCACCAUACUGAAAGGAGCCGUCCUUUUUGGCCUUGAUCCUACCAUUGUCAGAGUAAGGCGUUCACCUCUCACCUAUGGCGUUGGGGUCCUCAACAAGUUCGUAGAAGGAAAACAUCCGCCGGAUAAACUCCUUGUGAAAGAAGGGAAGAACUGGUGCACGGAUAUCUUCGAUAAGUUUGUGUCUGUGGAUCAGUCGGUGGCUCUGGGAGACAUAGUCCAGCGGAGCUACUGCCCGGCCAGGAAUGGUCAGCGCAAAAUAAUCAUCAAUAUCUACUGCUCUUCAACAGAUGAAGUGGUGUACAUCACCGAUCCUGGAGUCAGGAAGUGCGGCACCAUUAACCUCGAUCUGCCAGAUAUAAAUGAGGCGAAUGGGAAGACGGGGCGCCGGGAGAUUAAAGCCAGCAUGCAGUUUGGGGACACGGAAAUCAAAGUAACAGCCAUGGAUGUCAAAAGCUCAAAGACUGUACGAGCUGCCAUAGACUUCCUUUCCAACUGAGCAAAGACUUUACUUCUUUAGUUCUAGAGAGGUUGCAAUAAAACCCUUGUGCCAUUCCAGAAGACCAUCCUGAUGGACAACCAUAGGAACCUUCCACCUUGGCAAGACAACGUACAUACUGUAAUUAGUUGACCCUGAAAUAACUUCACCGUGGCAUGAUGUAAAACCACCACUGAGACAUCUCCUAUUAUGUACAAUGGAAGCCUUAACAGUACCAAAAAAUUGUUAGAUAAGGGAUCAGUCAUUCAGCCCUGAUGCAAAAAUGUCCUAUCUGAUGUUUGGUAACCAUGAGUUUUCUCAUAGACACCUUUUAAUUCAUUGUUCUUCAUUAUGGUCACUAGAUAAUGACGUUGUAUUCAAAUCUAAUUAUCAAGGCAACAUACAUGUUCAAUUAUCGAAUAAAUUAUGAUAUUAGGUUGUGGGCCCAGCCUGAAGACCAGUUAGGGGGAGAUUUGGGGUGAGUGCUUAUUUGUGCCCUGGGUACCCCUGGAACUAUAGCAGGGUGACUGUUACCCCAAUUUUUCUAUGUAUCUGUAACCUUGUUAUGAGCUAAGGGGGCCCAGUCUGAAGGUCAGUUAGGGGGAGAUUUGGGGUGAGUGUUUAUUUGUGCCCUGGGUACCCCUUGAACUAUAGCAGGGUGACUGUUACCCCAAUGUUUCUAUAUAUCUGUAACCUUGUUAUGAGCUAAGGGGACCCAGUCUGAAGGUCAGUUAGGGGGAGAUUUGGGGUGAGUGUUUAUUUGUACCCUGGAACUAUAGCAGGGUGACUGUUACCCCAAUGUUUCUAUAUAUAUGUAACCUUGUUAUGAGCUAAGGAGGCCCAGCCCGAAGGCCCUUUAGGGGGAGAAUUGGGGAAAAUUCUUAUUUGGGCCCUGGGUACCCCUGGAACUAUAGCAGGGUGACUGUUACCCCAAUAUUUUUAUAUAUCUGUAACCUUGUUAUGAGCUAAGGGGGCCCUGCCUGAAGGCCAGUUAGGGGGAGAUUUGGGUUGAGUGGUUGUGCCCUGGGUACCCCUGGAACUACUGCAGGGUGACUGUUACCCCAAUAUUUCUAUAUAUCUGUAACUUUGUUAUGAGCGAAGGGGGUCCAGCCUGAAGGUCAGUUAGGAGGAGAUUUGGGUUGAGUGCUUAUUUGUGCCCUGGGUACCCCUGGAACUAUAGCAGGUUGACUGUUACCCCAAUGUUUCUAUAUAUCUGUAACCUUGUUAUGAGCUAAGGGGGCCCUGCCUGAAGGCCAGUUAGGGGGAGAUUUGGGUUGAGUGGUUAUUUGUGCCCUGGGUACCCCUGGAACUAUAGCAGGGUGACUGUUACCCCAAUGUUUCUUCAUAACUGUAACCUUGUUAUGAGCUAAGGGGGCCCAGCCUGAAGGCAAAUUCGGGUGCUUCUUUAUUGCCUUGGAUAGCCCCAAACCUACAGUAGAGUAAAUGUUAACAUCAGUGUUUCUAUAUAUCAAUAACCAUAUCUCAAACAAAGGGAAACGGGGACUUUUUUAAGCCAAAAGGAAGGAUGAAACAAAGAAUAUCAUGUUUUAUAAAGCCCUUUAACUUUACAGGCAUAUUGAAAACUAGGAAAUAUCAUCAGCCCAAUAAAUUUUGCCUCGUGGAUUUUCAACUGGAACCCACCACUUGUGUUUGUGUGAGGAACUGUAACAUAUAUAUAUAUUUUUUGUAAAUUCUCGAACAUUCGUUAUUAUUUUACUAAAGUUAACCGGAUUUCUGAAGUCUCACAAUGCUGAAUUUUUUUUCACACUUUUCUACUAAGAAUAUUUUAUAAAAGAAAUGUACUCAAAUUUUAUUUUUGUAUUUCUAAUCACAGUUAUAUUGUGUUUAUUUGUACGGAUAAAGCACAGUGUAUGACUCGGAGUAUAAUAAACAUAUUAUCAGGA